AACUGUUCUUGACUGACGGACACAGGCGCCUUCCGCCGCUCACCCUGAGAGCCCGCAUAUAAAAAGUCUUGGACCCCUCUCUCACUCGUCUCUCUCUCUGCUUCUCUGAUCGAUAAGCAGAAGAAGAAAAAGAAGAAGAAAUAGCAGGGGAGCGGAGAGCAAGAGCUCCCCUCCUUUGACCCAAGGGUUGAUUGGAUCUUUAUGAGUGUCGAUCUGCAACAUCUGUCGGUGGGCUGAGAAACAAUGCCAAGCCAGCUAUGGUUUGCACUGCUAAUGAUCUACUGGCAUGGAAGGAUUUUCCUAAGGGCCUCAGGGUUCUUCUUCUUGACGAAAACAGCAGUUCUGCUGCUGAGAUGAGAUCAAAGCUUUUGGAAAUGGAUUAUAUUGUUUAUACAUUCAGUAAUGAGCAUGAAGCUCUGUUGGCUAUUUCAGAUAAACCUGAGAACUUCCAUAUUGCUAUUGUAGAGGUGAAUGCAAACAACAGUGAUGGGAUUUUUAAGUUCCUUGAAACUGCCAAGGAAUUACCCACCAUUAUGACAUCAAACAUCCAUUGCCUACGCACCAUGAUGAAGUGUAUAGCGCUUGGCGCAGUUGAGUUCCUCCAUAAACCUCUUUUGGAGGAUAAACUAAGGAAUAUUUGGCAGCACGUUGUUCAUAAGCAGGCAUUUAAUGCUGGGGGAAGCGUUCUGUCUGAAUCACUAAAUCCUGUCAAAGAAUCCAUGGUUUCGAUGCUACAGCUCCACUUGGAAAAUGGAGAACCAAAAAAUCAAGUAUCUUUAGAAGUAGAAAGAGCAUCACAGGUUCAUGAAAACAGCCAUGAACGGUCUGGAGGAAGUGAUAAGUACCCGGCCCCUUCAACCCCACAAUUAGAGCAGGGAGGUAGAUUACUGGAUGAUGGAGAUUGCCAGGAUCAAACUAACUGCUCAUCGGAGAAAGAGAUUGGAGAUCAAGAUGGGGAAUCUAAAUCUGUCGAAACUACUUGUGGCAAUUCAGUUGCUGAAGGAACUGUUCAGGUGGGCCUGCCUCAGAGAUCAGGAGAGAUUGCAAUCAAAGAGGAGGAUGAUUCAGCUUCUGAUUCCAAGAAUUUGAGUAAUACGUCUCUUCAUCCGCAAAGUAAUGGUGCUGUCAAUGACUUUGGUGGUGAGGCUGAAAACUCCACUAAGGCAUCUGGUCUCCAUAAUUCUAGUGGGACUAAAGCCAAUAGGAGGAAGGUCAAGGUAGACUGGACGCAUGAACUGCACAAAAAAUUUGUGCAGGCAGUGGAGCAACUGGGCGUGGAUCAAGCCAUUCCAUCUCGAAUACUGGAGCUGAUGAAAGUGGAAGGUCUCACAAGGCAUAAUGUUGCAAGUCAUCUUCAGAAAUAUCGAAUGCAUCGGAGGCACAUUUUGCCCAAGGAAGAUGAUCGGAGAUGGCCAAACCCUAGGGAUCCGAUGCAAAGGAGUUAUCAUCAUCCGCAUAAACCGAUCAUGGCCUUUCCUCCAUACCACUCUACUCAUGUGUUCCCAACGGGCCAGAUCUACCCUGUAUGGGGACAGCCCAGCAGCCAACCAACCAGUGUCCAGAUGUGGGGCGCACAAGGCUAUCCCGCUUGGCAGCCGAUAGAAAGUUGGCAGCAUUGGAGCCCUUAUUCAGGGAUGCAUGCAGAUGCAUGGGGUUGCCCUGUGAUGCCAACCCCUCAUGCUCCAUGUUCUAACUUCCCUCAAAAUGCAACUGGAUUACAGUGUACCAAUGUAGUCGAAAAUGGAUGCGGCAUGCCUCCUUUUGACCUUCACCCGGGAGAGGAGGCAAUAGACAAAGUAGUGAAAGAGGCCAUCAGCAAGCCAUGGCUGCCCCUCCCCCUCGGCCUCAAACCUCCGUCCACCGACACCGUCCUCGCCGAGCUCUCCAAACGCGGCAUCUCCGCCGUCCCUCCCUACACCACCGCCUCCACUCUCCCCUGACCCUUGAUCCCUCAAUGAUACGCCGUCUCGCUCUCCAUCCUACAAAUCCAAGCCGUUGAUUUCCGGAGACCGCCCUCUCCUCGCUAGGCGCCACACCACUGGAUUAUUCCCAUGUGCCAUAUUAUCAUCUCCAAUAAAGUGGAUCUCACGCGCCGUCGUGGCGAUCCUUCCCGGUCGCAUACAAACAAGGAAAGAGGACGGCCACAGCAGGACGGAACGAACGGCGGAGAAGCAGCCAGGUACACGCUUUUAAUACCGCAAUUUAAAGCUGUGGUUGUAAGUUGAUCAUUGGGUGCGAUUGCGUGGUGUAACGAUCAUCGGGCGGUGAUGGACCGCUGUUUAAUUUGGGGUUGUUGGGCGGGACCCACUUGUAGAAAUGGAUAAUGGUAACAGGGAGGACCCACGCCUUGUGAGUUGCAAUUUGCAAAUAAAGUUGACGAACAGGAUUUUGUGGA